GUCCUACUAAGGAAUGUUGGCAUGAAGGGCCAGAAGACAGUCUUUUUAAUCACGGACACUCAGAUUAAAGAGGAAGCUUUUCUAGAGGAUAUUGACAGUGUGCUCAAUACUGGAGAAGUACCUAACAUUUUUGCAGCAGAUGAGAAACAAGAAGUGAUGGAGGGUGUUCGUCCUAUAGCUCAGGCUGGCAGUAAACAUGAUGAACUUAGUCCCUUAGCUCUGUUUGCUUUCUUUGUGAAUCGCUGCAAAGAUAAUCUUCAUGUUGUAGUGGCCUUUAGCCCUAUUGGAGAUGCCUUUCGAAAUCGCUUGAGACAGUUCCCAUCACUCAUCAAUUGCUGUACCAUUGACUGGUUUCAGCCAUGGCCUGAAGAUGCCCUUGAACUUGUAGCUGUGAAAUUCUUAGAAACCCUGGAGCUUACUGAGGUUGAACGACGAGAGAUAGUUCCAGUCUGCAAACACUUUCACACUUCUAUUAUGGAUCUUUCAGAAAGGUUCUUGCAAGAGUUAAGACGGCAUAACUAUGUUACUGCUACCUCUUAUCUUGAACUUAUUGCCUCAUUUCGACAGCUUUUGACUACGAGGCGACAAGCUGUCAUGAAAGCAAAACAACGAUAUGUGAAUGGGCUUGACAAAUUAGCUUUUGCUGAGUCUCAGGUUGGUGAAAUGAAAAUGGAGCUUGUUCAAUUACAGCCCAAAUUGGAGGAAGCUAAAAUUGAAAAUGCACAUAUGAUGCAGAUUAUUGAGAUAGAGUCUGCUCAAGUGGAAGCAAAAAGAAAGUUUGUGAAACUAGAUGAAGAGAUAGCCAGUGGAAAGGCUGAAGAAGCCCAACUUCUGAAAAAUGAGUGUGAAAGUGACCUAGCUGAAGCGAUUCCUGCCUUGGAAGCAGCUCUGUCUGCACUGGAUACACUAAAGCCAGCUGACAUUACAAUUGUGAAAUCAAUGAAGAAUCCUCCAUCUGGUGUUAAACUAGUUAUGGCUGCUAUUUGUGUCAUGAAAGAUAUAAAACCAGAAAAAAUUUCAGAUCCUUCAGGAACUGGAGGCAAGGUAUUUGAUUACUGGGGACCCAGCAAAAAACUUCUGGGAGAUAUGAAUUUCUUAAGAGAUUUGAGAGAAUAUGACAAGGACAAUAUUCCAGUGACUGUUAUGCAGAAGAUUCGUGGUGAAUACUUAACAAACCCUGAAUUUGACCCUCCUAAGGUUGCUAAAGCUUCUUCUGCAGCUGAGGGUCUGUGUAAAUGGAUCAUGGCUAUGGAAGUAUAUGACAGAGUUGCAAAGGUAGUGGCUCCUAAGAAAGCCCGCUUAACAGAAGCUCAGAAGUCCUUAGCUGAGACAAUGGAGCUUUUGAAUCAGAAGAGAGCAGAAUUGGAAGAUGUUGAACAUCAUUUGGAAAAUUUACAAAAAAUAUUUACUGAGAAGACUGAGGAAAAGGCUCGUUUAGAAGACCAGGUGGAACUUUGUGCUAAGAAACUUGAAAGAGCCUCAAAACUAAUUGGAGGACUAGGUGGAGAAAAAUCAAGGUGGUCUCAAGCUGCAGAUGACCUUCAGAUAGCAUAUGAAAAUUUGACUGGUGAUGUCUUAGUAUCAGCAGGAGUAAUAGCCUACCUUGGUGCUUUCACUUCUGGUUUUCGACAAACAUGUACAGAAAGUUGGAGCAUGUUGUGCAAGGAGAAAAAAAUCCCAUGUUCAGAGGAGUUCUCACUGAGUAAGACUCUGGGUGAUCCCAUAAAAAUUAGAGCUUGGAAUAUUGCUGGAUUACCAACAGAUGCUUUCUCCAUAGAUAAUGGAGUGAUUGUUAAUAACUCCAGGCGUUGGCCCUUAAUGAUUGACCCCCAGGGUCAAGCCAAUAAGUGGAUCAAAAACUCUGAGAAAGAAAAUCAGCUAAGUGUUAUUAAGCUAUCAGAUUCAGACUAUAUGAGAACACUGGAAAACUGUAUUCAGUUUGGAACUCCGCUUCUAUUAGAAAAUGUUGGUGAAGAACUGGAUCCAUCUUUGGAGCCUUUACUACUCAGGCAAACUUUUAAACAAGGUGGCAUUGAUUGCAUCAGGCUUGGUGAGGUCAUUAUUGAGUACUCCUUUGAUUUCAAAUUUUAUAUCACCACAAAAAUGAGAAAUCCACACUAUAUGCCAGAGCUGGCUACAAAGCUGUCUUUGCUCAAUUUCAUGAUAACUCCAGAAGGACUUGAAGAUCAGUUACUAGGUAUUGUUGUUGCAAAGGAGAGGCCAGAAUUAGAAGAGGAAAGAAAUGCUCUUAUUCUUCAGUCUGCAGCUAAUAAGAAACAGCUAAAAGAUAUAGAGAAAAAAAUUUUGGAAACACUGUCAUCUUCAGAAGGGAACAUUUUAGAAGAUGAAAGUGCAAUUAAAGUCUUAGACUCUGCUAAAAUGAUGUCCAAUGAGAUAACAAAGAAACAGCAGAUUGCAGAAAAAACAGAACUCAAAAUAGCAGAGUCUCGAGAAGGCUAUCGACCCAUUGCUAAACAUUCGUCAGUAUUAUUUUUUAGCAUUGCAGACCUGGCUAACAUUGAUCCAAUGUACCAGUAUUCUCUCACCUGGUUUGUGAACCUUUAUAUCAACUCUAUACAUGACAGUAACAAAUCCAAAAUCUUGGAGAAGCGCCUACGAUAUUUAAAUGACCACUUCACUUACAACUUAUAUUGUAAUAUAUGCCGAUCACUAUUUGAGAAGGACAAACUGUUGUUUUCCUUUUUAUUAUGUACCAAUCUUCUUCUGGCAAAGAAAGAGGUUGACCACCAGGAACUUAGGUUUCUUUUAACUGGAGGAGUGAGUCUUAAGAGUGCUGAGACAAACCCUGAUCCAACCUGGUUACAGGAUAAAAGCUGGGAGGAAAUUUGUCGAGCUAGUGAAUUCCCUGCCUUCAAAGGACUCAGGACACAUUUUUGUGAAUAUAUAAAUGAAUGGCGGGAAAUCUAUGACAGUAAAGAGCCACACAAUGCUAGAUUUCCUGAACCAAUGGAUCAGAGGCUAAAUGAACUGCAAAAAAUAAUAAUUCUUCGGUGCUUGAGACCUGAUAAGAUAACUCCAGCUAUAACAAAUUAUGUAACUGACAAACUAGGGAAAAAGUUUGUAGAGCCUCCGCCAUUUGAUUUGACAAAGAGUUACUUGGAUUCAAAUUGCACCAUUCCCUUAAUUUUUGUGCUGUCACCAGGAGCAGAUCCCAUGGCCAGCCUACUGAAAUUUGCAAAUGAUAAAGCGAUGUCUGGAAAUAAAUUUCAAGCUAUUUCACUGGGACAGGGACAAGGACCAAUUGCAACAAAAAUGAUUAAAGCAGCAAUAGAAGAAGGAACUUGGGUUUGCCUACAGAACUGUCACCUUGCCGUCUCCUGGAUGCCCAUGUUGGAAAAGAUAUGUGAAGAUUUUAGCCCUGAAGUCUGUAACUCAUCCUUUAGGCUUUGGCUCACAAGUUAUCCAUCUCUAAAAGCAUGGGAAAAGUUGCUGUUCGGAGUUUGUUUUUUUCAUGCCCUUGUACAAGAGAGAAAGAAAUUUGGUCCUCUUGGUUGGAAUAUUCCAUAUGGAUUUAAUGAAUCAGACUUACGCAUCAGUAUUCGACAACUACAGUUAUUUAUAAAUGAAUAUGACACAGUUCCAUUUGAAGCUAUCUCUUACCUGACUGGGGAGUGUAACUAUGGAGGAAGAGUGACAGAUGAUUGGGACAGACGUCUCUUGUUAACCAUGCUGGCUGACUUUUACAAUUCACACAUAAUUGAAAACCCUUAUUAUAAAUUUUCUCCCAGUGGAAAUUAUUAUGCACCUCCCAAAGGCACCUAUAAUGAUUACAUUGAAUUCAUUAAGAAACUCCCAUUUACUCAACACCCUGAGAUAUUUGGAUUACAUGAAAAUGUUGAUAUCUCCAAAGAUCUUCAACAAACGAAAAUCCUCUUUGAGUCCUUGCUCCUCACCCAGGGAGGCUCCAAACAGACAGGCUCCUCAGGAAGUACUGACCAGGUUCUAUUAGAAAUUACCAAAGAUAUUCUCAAAAAGCUACCAAAUGAUUUUGACAUUGAAACAGCCCUAUGGAGGUAUCCUGUGAGAUAUGAAGAGAGCAUGAAUACUGUGUUAGUACAAGAAAUGGAAAGAUUUAACAAUUUAACUAAAACUAUACGUCACACUCUACGGGACCUUGAAAAAGCUAUUAAAGGCGUGGUUGUAAUGGAUUCUGCAUUGGAGGCACUCUCCAGCAGUUUGCUUCUUGGGAAAGUUCCAGAAAUAUGGGCCAAACGAUCAUACCCAAGUCUUAAACCUCUAGGAAGUUACGUCACAGAUUUUCUAGCCCGGUUGAACUUUUUACAGGACUGGUAUAAUUCAGGAAAACCUUGCGUGUUUUGGCUCUCAGGUUUCUUUUUCACCCAAGCCUUUUUAACUGGAGCUAUGCAGAAUUAUGCCAGAAAGUAUACCAUCCCUAUUGAUUUACUAGGAUAUGAAUUUGAGGUUAUUCCAUCUGAUACAUCUGAGACAGAACCAGAAGAUGGCGUUUUUAUCCAUGGAUUAUAUCUCGAUGGAGCACGCUGGGACAGAGCAAGCUUCCAUUCCUUUUUGAGCACUGACUGUAAGAAGAUAGUUGAAACAAUAGAGACAGGUAAGGAAGAUGCAUUGUCACACUUGACCGAGUGCCAUUCUGCUUUUGAUGAAGCAGAUGAGAUAGGCUGGCUUCCUCUGCAUAAAGCUGCAGUGCAAUUAAAUAAGAACAUUUUGGAAAUAACCCUGAAAGCUUCAAAACCCAGUGUGUGGGAGCAAACCACCCACAAUGGUGAAACGCCACUUUUUUUGGCUGUCAGCAAUUGCCUCUUAGAAAACGCCAGUUUUCUUCUUCUCAGUGGCUGCAAUCCGAAUGCCAAGAAUGUCGAAGGCAAUUCUCCUCUUCUUACAGCUGUUCUACAGGACUCCUACGAUACGGCCGCCUUGCUGAUCAGCCAUGGGGCAGAUGUCAACCUGCGGUGUGCCAACGAGAGGACCGCUCUCCACGAAGCAGCCAAACUGGGCAGACAGGACAUGGUGAAGCUAAUGCUGGUUUCCGGGGCUUAUCCGGAUCUGCAGAGCUCCUAUGGAUUCACUCCUCUUGCUCUCGCUGCCCAAAGUGGGCACACUGAAAUCAUGAAAAUAUUACUGCAGAAAGGAGCUAAUGCUCUUGGUCAGGCCUCUGACUCUUCUUCCAUCUUACUUGAAGCUGCAAGUGGAGGAAAUCCAGACUCCAUUGCUCUCUUGCUAGAGUAUGGAGCUGAUGCCAACAUCCCNGAAUGCUUCAUCUUCACAAAAACUACUUGUAAAAGCACUUUGAAAUUCUUUCUCAGAGCUCUACAGAUUUUGGUUCCAGUUACGGAUUUUGCAGCCAUUAAGCGGAGUGGCAUUAGUCCGGUUCACUGUGCAGCGGCAGGAGCACACCCUAAAUGCCUGGAACUGCUCAUCCAGGCUGGAUUUGACGUAAAUUUCAUGCUAGAUCAGAGAAUUCGCAAACACUAUGAUGACCACAGGAAGUCAGCUUUGUAUUUUGCUGUAUCAAAUGGUGAUCUCCCUUCAGUUAAGCUGCUUCUGAGUGCUGGAGCUCUGCCUAACCAAGACCCAGUUAACUGCCUCCAGAUAGCCCUGAGGAUGGGCAAUUAUGAGCUGAUCAGUCUGCUGCUGCGGCAUGGGGCCAACGUAAAUUACUUCUGCAGAGUCAACCCUUUACAUUUCCCAUCAGCACUGCAAUACACACUGAAAGAUGAAGUCAUGCUCAGGAUGCUACUGAAUUAUGGAUAUGACACAGAGCGAUGCUUUGAUUGUCCUCAUGGAGACAAAGUUCAUCUUUUCUACACCUUUGAAGGCUGGACACCGACAGUUAUCAAAGAUACUAUGUUCUGCGAAGUAAUAACUUUGUCGUGGCUACAACAUCUCUCUGGAAAGGUUGUUCGAGUAAUGCUUGAUUAUGUUGAUCAAGUUCAAAUCUGUUCAAAGUUGAAAGCUGUGCUCCAAAAACAGGGGCUGUGGUCAGAAAUCCAUAACAUCUUAACAAACCCUCGCUCCCUAAAACAUUUGUGCCGUCUAAAGAUCCGGAAGUGUAUGGGACGUCUGCAUUUGCGCUGCCCUGUGUUCAUGUCAUUUCUUCCAUUACCCAAUCGUCUAAAAGCCUAUGUCCUUUACAAAGAAUAUGACCUCUAUGAACAAGGAGCUUUUACAGGAACCUGGUAAUCAAACAGAUGAAAUGGACAACAAACUGCCCCUCACUACUGGCUUGGUUUGGUCUACUGGAGGCAGCUAUCAAGCGACUUUGUUCUUCUAAGUCCUAGUGGA